ACGGCUUGCAGUAAACCACACAGGAGCCUAUGUCACCAGCCUUGAUAUCACCUCUGUGGGGACCCCAGUACCUCUGGGUACCUGGCUGCCGUGAGGUGUAGACCCAGGCAGGCAAACAAACAAGGAGGACUUGCUCCAGAAAUGCCUUGAUCAGACAACCUCAAAUUCAGGUCACGAGCUUUCCUACACAAAAGUUUUACAGAAAGCUGGAAGAAAACUACAGACUGUGGAAAAGGCUAAAUUGGGAGCGCUGAUUCUGAGUUUGGCUUGUAACACCACUGACCUGGCAUUCUCAUCCUUGUAAAAGAGUGGAUCAGUCCAUUGGAUGUACACACACACGUCAGUCACACCUGUAGGAAAGCAGAUGUUAUUACACCAAGACAUCUCCCCUCCCUUCCCGCUCAUCAGCAGGGCCCACGGUGAAACCCAAGAACCUGCUCUGGUAACCCUGCCUACAGCACCUGCCACAGUGCUCUGGCAUCACCAAUGCUGCCUGCCUUCAGCAUCCACGAGUGGCUCAUGCAGUGAGCCAGGAGUUGCGGGGAGACACGCAUUAAAAGACAGGAAAGCAUCCAGGGAUAAGGAGGAAGAAGUGGUAAGGAUGGCCAACAACUCCAGUGCGUUGCCCCGAGUGACUUUUGAGACUCCAGAGAAACCUGGGGAAGAAUCGUCACACAGGAGACUGGGCAAGCUAACCAUAAAGUACAACCGCAAAGACCUACAGCGUUGGCUAGACCUGGAGGAGUGGAUCAAUGCCCGGCUGCAGGAGCUUUAUCAGUACCCGCUAAGAGAGAAAACGGAUGCAGAAGUUCCUGGGCCAGUAAUUGACCUUGAAGAUCUCCUGGAAGUCCCUAAUGAAGAACAGAAAUUAAAACUACAGGAAAUCCUCCAUGAGUGCUCCAGCCCAACAGAGGACUUCAUUACAGAAUUGCUCAGUCGAUUGAAAGGUCUCCGGAGAAUCACCAAUCCUCAGAAGAGGUUACCUCACCAGUAAGGGACAUCCAACUUUGGCCACAAGGAAAAAUGUGUCUUCCCCAUAAAAAACAGAUCAGCAAGAUCACUUCAGAAUACAUUUAGCAUUUUGUUAUUAAGAAACAUGACCGAGUUUGUGAACUUUGUACCAGUGGCUUGAAGUCUCCACUCCUUCCAGAUCUACAUGCAAAGCAGGAGGCUAAGCUGUAUGUUUUCCUGAUUCUCAAAGGGCAUUUUAACCUGGAGAACAGGACAAGAUGUCCUUCCUUUAGUUUCUUCUAGGAAUUUCCAAGCUGGCUUGGGAGCAUCAAAUACAAUUCUCAAGAGCACAUAAAACUUCCUUCUUUCCAUCCACCACAAGGAAAACAAGGCCCUGGUUAUCACUCCUUCAUCAACAUGGAAAGUUGAUUACUGUAAAGCUGCACCUGGUUUCAAGUCUGGCUGGGACCCAACUGCGAUCUUUUGCCUGUUACUGCCAUACCUGGCUCUACAGCAUGGCUUGUACUUUGUAGAUCUUAUUAAGCCUCUGUUAGCCAUGAAGGUUCAACAGAAAAUAUACGGUAGGAUCAAAGGAAAACAUUCCAGUGCAUCUGGUCUUUGCAGAAUUUAGAACUUGAUGAUUUGGAAGCAUCUUCUACAGGAGUGAAGCCUGGAAAUGAUUUUUCUCACCAUUUAAAAAGACAUUGUAAAAUACUUAUUUUGUAUAUUAAAACAGAGAAGAUCAGCUAUGUGCUGCCUCAAAUUGCUCUCUUUUUAGACACUACAGAAAGCUGAACUGAAAACAUACCUGCUUCUAAGCAGCAAGUCUUUCACAGACAGGUAGGUCUCACAAAUUAAAGUAGGACACAGCCUUGCUGCAUAAACUCUUCAGGCUAUAACUAAUGUGUGGCUGGAAAAACACAGAGGAAACUACAUCCAGGCUCUCAGCAAGUCAGUAACUUGACACGUGUUGCAGGGAACUAAGACAUCAAAUGGAGGAUGACUACUUAAGCAGAGCAGUCUCUCACAUUAUGUCCCUAUGCUCUCAUGCCUGCCACUCAAACACAAGAGAUGAGUUGCUGAGUUGCAUCUGGAAGGACUGCUAUGUACCAAUAUGUACCCAGGGGCAUGCACAUAAUUUGGCUUGAUAUGAGGUCGACAGGACAUGCCUGCCCACCAAGUCUCCAAUUUGUAAGAAAAACAACAAAAAUAUACAGUCCAGGUUUGCACCUGCUGACACUGAUGAAUCACAGCUCUCAAGAAAAGAAAGCAGCAUAGUGCCAAAGAGCUCUGAGCACUGUUAACAUCACAGAAUAGGUUUGAACAGAAGUUCAGGUGAAAGACCCCGGUGGACAGGCCACUGAGCUGUGUCCUUCACUAUAGAUGUCAUUUGCUGCAGUGCAAGUUCACAGAUGUCCAGAUUAAUCACAUAUUCCAUAAAGAAGCUUUUAUUCUUCUGAGCUGUGACAGCACAAAUACCUGUAGGGCCAUUUCUCUGACACAAGAGACAGAUUUUUCUCCAUGCAGGGAGUUAAUUCUGUACUUGCUCAAUUUGGAGUGAUGGAAAGAAUUUUUUUUAUUUUUUUAUUUUUUUUUUCCGUACUUUAAAGGUGGACAUAGAAUCCAGGGGGGAAAAAAAGCAGCUUUUAGAACUCUGCUUGAGUAGAAGUUGUCUUUGUGUAUUCUCUUCCAUCAGCAGAAAACUGAGUGAGCUCUAGCCCCUGUGAUAUGCAGUUUUUCCAGCAUAUCAAAACAUUACUACAGCACAAGAGCACACUUCAGGCAAACACAAAGAUACAACAGAAUACAAAGCAAGAAGAUGUAGCCAGUGUUACUGAUUUCUCAUCUCUGGCACAAAAGAAAAACAACAGCAUAAGGCAGAACAACUUUGGGAUUAGUUCUUGAAAGGAAGAAGUCGAACUUGCUUUUAUUUACUUUGUAGCUGCUCUCAGCAUUUAAGGACAGACUGAAGUACAUUUUGUUUACAAACAGCUUCCAGUCAACCUUCUCUUCACCAUCACACUACUAGCAUAAGGCUGCAACAUUUGGUUUGCAAGUAGCAUGGAUGGAAAGUAUCUUUCAGGUAACUUUUGCCUCUUGAUUAUACUAAGAUAAUUUAGAACAUGUGAAAUUUCAUGUGUUUUUCUAAUCAAAAUUUCAAGAAGGUGCAUAAAAUAACCUUCACAUCAUUUUCCAUUUACUACGAGCUACUCUUAUAUUCCCCUUAAAAUUAUUCAGGCAGCUAUAUUUGGACACACUUGUUACAACAGUUAAGGCAAAGCACACCUGUAUGAACCAAAGCAAUAGCAAAUUAAUGCAGUUUAUCUAAGACCUCUCUUUGUGAACUAAUCUGAUUUCAAACUCAUCUGUUAGCAUGAGCUUGAAUUUUUGCUGGGGAGGAAACUAGUUUUGAUAUUUCAUGUACAAAACGCUUUGAGAGAAAAUCAUCUUAUUUCCUUAUAGCACACAACAAUGAAGGAAACAAACAGAUUCCUUCAAUUAGAUACCAAACUCUCUUCAGUCUUUGAAUGGCUGUCACUGAGGCUGAUCCUCCCAGUGAGGAGCUGAUGGUUUACCACUACCUUUGCUGCUUUACCAGUACCUUUUCAGGGACAAGGUCAAGGUGUGUGCAACACAGUUAUGUGUGCACUGACCAGUUAAAGGUCACACAAUAACAAUCUGUCAUUUGGAAAGAGGAGUAAUUGUGCUUCUGAAGACAACUGAUUGAGAUCACCCUCCUGCUUCUUUUGCAUGGAUGCACAAGCUACAGUGGGGAUGGCUUUACAAGGGGAAAGUGAUUGGCCAGCCACUAAAAUGGCCAAUUAAAUGCAGAAAGCUCAGCAGCCACAAAAAUGUCCAUUAGUGACAGGGCAGUGAAAGAGUCAGCAUGUGUGUGAGUCUCCCAUGUAUGACUAAGUUCUAUUUCAGGUAUUGGGCUGGUUACGUUUCUGGAUUCCUUGGGAUGAACCCACAGAAACCAAUCCAGGAAACUAAACAAGCUGCUUCAGGCUGUUUGUUACCUGUUGCUUUACUAUUGAUGAACACAGGGCAGGGCUCAGUGGAUUCACAGUGGAGCACAAGGAAUUCAAGUUGUGCUGUGGUGGAUGAAACAUUUAAGCUGUUUCAAGUAAAUCACCAGCUCAUAGAUAACAAGGAAAUGAAAAA